AUGGAGGAGGCAACCCAAAAAGAGCAGCAGGCCCUGAAGUUGGCGGGAGCCAUCAGAGGAGGGGACGAGGAGACGGCCCGGCAGUGUGCCCUCUGGCUGGCAGAGCGACGAAUCCCACUCACGGUUGAGGUGAAGGAAGAGGCUGACCCCAAGCAAGACAUUAGGCUGUGGGUGGGCGUGGAAGAUGCCCACAUGAGCACCAUCCCCAUCUACCUGAAAGUCCAACCUUGCAUGACUUUGGCUUCCCUCAAAGACAUGGUUUUCCUCCAUUAUGGUUUCCCGUCCAGCAUUCAGCAGUGGGUGGUCGGUCAGAGGCUGCCUCGCGACCACGAGACCCUUCAGUACCACGGCAUCCAGAGGGAUGGCGACGUGGCUUAUCUCUACCUCCGGUCUGCCAAGUCGGCCAAGCUUCGCAAAGACACCUUCCAACGGGAGCAUGAACGCAGACAGCUGGAAGAGUUAGGCAUUGAAGAGGGUGCCCUGCUGCCACGGGGAACCACAGAAACGGCUGCUAACCCAACUGCCAGAGACCCUUUGGAUAUCCUGGAUGCCGAAGAGCAAACGGAAGAUCCAGCUGCAUCGAUCCCUGCCCAGAGCCUGAAGGUCGGCUGGGAGUGCUCGGUCUGCACCUUCAUCAACAAGCCCACCUGGCCGGGCUGCGAGAUGUGCUGUGCUGAGCGGCCCAAGGAUUACGCCAUGCCAGAAGGCUACCAGCCAGGCGAAGAGGAGCUGGCACGGCUGCAGAAGGAGGAGGAAGCCAUGCAGCAGUACAAGCAGGCCAAAGAGCAACGGAAGCGUGCCAACUAUCAGCAGCUCCUGCAGCUGGACGGGCAGCGCCUGGUGCUGUCUGAGGCGGCGGUGGACUGCCCCAUCUGCUUUGUGACUUUGGAGCCCGGGGAGGGCGUGACUCUGCGUGAGUGCCUGCAUUCCUUCUGCAAGGACUGCUUGAAAGGGACCAUCCUCAACAGCCAGGAGCCUGAGGUCCGUUGCCCCUACAUCGACCAGAAGUACUCCUGCCCGGGGCAACUACUGGAACGGGAGAUCAAAGCGCUCCUCAGCCCAGCAGAAUACCAGCGCUUCCUGGACCUGGGCAUCUCGGUGGCUGAGAAUCGCAGCCGCUGCAGCUACCACUGCAAGACAACAGACUGCCGGGGCUGGUGCUUCUUCGAGGACGACGUGAACGAGUUCCCGUGCCCCGUGUGUCUGAAGAAGAACUGCCUCCUUUGCAAGGCUAUUCACGAGAACAUGAACUGCAAAGAGUACCAGGAUGAUCUCAAACUCCGCGCCGAGAAGGACGAGGCAGCGCGGCAAACCACGGAGAUGUUGAUGAAAAUGGUGCAGAAAGGGGACGCCAUGUACUGCCCGGUGUGCCAGAUCAUCAUCCAGAAGAAAGACGGCUGCGACUGGAUCCUCUGCACAGUGUGUCGCACGGAGAUUUGCUGGGUGACCAAAGGUCUGCGCUGGGGACCAGCGGGCUCCGGAGAUACCAGCAGCGGCUGCCGUUGCAGGCUGAACAGCGCUCCGUGUCACCCUAAUUGCCACAACUGCCAUUGA